AUGAAAAUUCCAGACCUACUCAAGCUGCUGAACAGGCAUAGAGAAAUAAAGCAAGAUGACCUGGACAACAUAAACAUACAAAUCAUUAACACCCUAAAUGAGAUAAACCCGAACAAAAUUAUAAACAACAUAGUACGCAAUAAUGUGAGAGGGAGGCACGAUUUAAAAUCGUUGAGGAAAAAAAUUUACUUCAACCAUUUGUUGCUCAAAACGGGGGCCGAAAGGGGCAACUUCUUCAAGGCGUACGAAUGUAGGGAGGAGACGAGCGGGCGCGGCGACUCACCAGGUGGGGCCACCACGGAAGUCGGUGAAGUUAACGAAAUUGAUGAAUUUACCGGUGUGCAAAAAAACCCAUAUGGAAGGAAUAAAAGGAAGGUGAAAAUGGGCGCAGGGCCCCAACGCAGCAACGGCGAUAAAAACACCGAAUGUAAUGAAGUAGAGCUAAACACAGAGCUGCUUACCGAUUUGCCCAGUGGGGAAGACCAAAGGGGAAAAACAAAAUUUACCUUUUUCGAAUUAGCCAGUAGCUACUCCAACUUCGUCCUGGAUAACAUUUUGAGACACGUCUGCUCGUACAUUUACAACUACAAAGUGUUAAACAAAAUAAAUGAGGAAGAGAACAAGGGGCACGAACUUGUUUCUCUCUUCUUAAUGUCCAGCAUAUUUCACCAUUUCUUCGAGUUAAAAUUUGGGUAUUCCUACAUGGUGCAUUUUCUCAAUGGGCUAAAGGUAUACAAAAUUAAGAGAGAAAUAAAUGUCCACCAGGUGGGCUUCGAAAUCAUUCACGGGUAUGCUGCUGUUGUAGAAGAGGAGGCCAGGGGAGGGGUGACCCCCGAGGGAGAAGCGGACCCCGUUCUGGAAAAGGUUUACGAUGUGUCCUUCAUUAUAGACUACCUGAGCGAGCAUGCAAAUAGGAAUGAUAGCGGAAUAGCCAUGAGGAAAAACCUCCCCCCCGCGAACUUGCACAACUUCUCCGCGCACACAUUUGAAGAUGCGAAAAAAAAGCAAACAUAUGUAGUUAACGCGAAGGACAAAAUUUUGCUCAGCUACAGCGUUGAUGAGUCUUAUUUAAACCACUUCCUACACAUUUUGCAAAAUAAAUACAACCCCGAAAGGAUCAGUUUUUCAAAUUACUGCCUGUUGGUCCAUAUGUAUAGCAUGUCGAACCAUUUCGUGGUGAACAUGUUUGCCGCUCUUCCCCUCUCAUUUCUGAAGAACAAAAUGGACGCAAAUGUAAACAUUUUAAUCAUUUUAUUAAAUUCGUGCCUUUUUUUCCUAAGAGGAAAGUCAUUUUUAAAUACGCCCAAUGCGUUUCACAUUCACGUAGUUUCGGAUGAGGGGAAAUUAAUUGGGGGCAAGGAAUGUGUGCGCAAGGAAUGUGUGCGCAAGGAAUGUGUGAGCAAGGAAUGUGAGAGCAAGGAAUCCCUGCACAAGGAAUCUGUCCACAUGGUGAAGGAAAAAAUGUACGCGCUGGCAGAGCAGCUAAUAAAUUACAUUUUCCAAAACAAAGGAACACUCAAUAAUGACCAUUUGUUGCAAUUAUUUGAGAUUCUCUCUUUUGUAAAAUAUAACAAAGCGCUCUUCAGUUACAUUUUUCACAAAAUGAACGGCAGUCUUUGCUUGCUGGACAAAUAUCAGAUUUUUUAUUUUUUAAAUUCCCUCGCAAAUUACGACAUUGUGUGCAACGGCGCAAGAAGGGACAUCCGCCUGCACACGCUUAAGCACCUGGAGCAGUACUCGCCCAGGGAGAGGCAGCGGCUGGAGGGGUAUCUCCACGCGCGGCAUUAG